GGUCUGCCAACUUGACGCUAAAGUAAAGCAUUUCUUCCUUUCCUAAAAAAUCGUGUCUGUGUUAAAGACGUGUUUAAAUACUUUUCAAGUGUUUUAACAGGAUGUUAGUUCUCCCAAAAAAUCAUAAUUCUGUAUGUUAAAAUGCACGUGUGUUUCUGGUCAUAAAGUAGUACCAAAUGUCAAAUGCGGGCCACAUUUUGUGAGGUUAUGCUACUGUAGAUAAGUGAAUAAUAUACCUAAAAUUGUUAUAUUGACGGAUGAUUUCAUAUUUUAUAGAACAUCUACAAAAUGUCUGGUACUACCGCCACUAUUCGCACCCGCAAGUUCAUGACCAACCGGCUAUUAGCUCGUAAACAAAUGGUUUGCGACGUUCUGCAUCCCGGAUUGGCUUCAGUCAACAAAAAGGAUAUCCGCGAGAAAUUGGCUGCUAUGUACAAAGUAACUCCCGAUGUGUGCUUCGUAUUCGGUUUUCGUACUAAUUUCGGUGGUGGACGUUCAACUGGGUUUGCGCUUAUCUACGAUACUUUGGAUUAUGCCAAGAAAUUUGAACCUAAGUACCGUUUGGCUCGUCAUGGGCUUUUCGAACAGAAGAAACAGACCCGUAAACAACGUAAGGAACGCCGCAACAGAAUGAAAAAGGUGCGUGGUACUGCCAAAUCCAAGAUUGGAUCCGGCAAAAAGUAGAUAAUCCACGAAUGUAAAAAUUAGAGCAAAUGUUAAUAUUCUGCCAUUCUUAACUAUUUAUUGGUGUUUUGCAACAUUUUUAAAUUACAAAAUAAAAGUAAUAGAAUUUUUACUUUGAAGUGGAAUGUAAUAUCAGUUUAUAUUGGGAAUGGAAGAAAUGGAUUGCAUUUGCAUGGCAUUUGGCCAUUUUUUAUGCAUAAGUAAAUAAAUAUCAAUUAAAAGAA